AUCACGUAUAUCAAAAGGAAAAAAAUACAACAAUAAAUAAUGUAAUAUGAUGGUGUAAAAGAAUUCAAUUUGUUUAAAGUAAACAUCAGGUUUUUGUAUCCUUUUUACGAUUAAGUUGUUAAAUUUGAGAAUUUUUUUGGAGACAGAAUUAAACCAUUUUACUUCACAAUGGAAUUUGCCCUCAAAUAGCAUGAGUAUGUUAUAAAAACAUUUCUGUACCUCUUAAGACCCAGUACUACUGGGUUAUCACAGAAAUUUAAUCAUAUUCCAAGUAAUAUGGUUGCUAAUGUUGCAGCACUUAAUCUAACAACAGUGCUAUUCGACAGUAUCUUCUAAAGGUUUGAAUAACAAAUAUCAAAUAACAACAGCGAUGUUUGCAAGUCUUUUGGAUGGUCAGUAUGAUUCAUAUCAAGCAAGUUCUUCACACAGAUUGGUUAAUUCAGUCAGAAGUUAUAUAAAUGCAAAAUUGGAACAUGAGCAGACAACUCCCGAAUUCGUCGCCGAAGUACGACGAGUAUUGUAUUUUAUUCAUGAAUACAAUUGCCAGGUGUUGAAGGAAACUCAUCAUUAUCCACGCUCAAGAAAAUUUGAUUUACUUCUAGUUAAAUAUGUAGAGUUAGAAUUUGAUGCUUUGUAUUAUAAUAAUCCGCAUCCUCCACGACAACUCGAAGUUACUACUGAAUUAAGAGUUUCGCGGGUACUUCAGGUGAUGUUAUAUCAAGCCGUCCUUAACAAUGAAACACUAGUGACAAAAAGUACUGAUUACGUAUUGAAAAAAGCGGUUUUGCAACUGUUAGGCGAAGUAAGAUCAACGUAUUUGAUUAAAAAUAAGUUGGUUUAUAAUAUCGCAAAUGACCUCCUUGAGAAGAUUAAUCAACCAAAUGACAACAAAAACUUUCCACCUUGGGAAAUUAAUAAAAGUCUCGCCACUAGCGAUUAUGGAACUGAUAGUGAUUCCGAGGGCGAAAAUAAUGUAUUUGCCACAAAUGUAUAUAAUAGUAGUCAAGAAAAGAUACCAGUUUCUCAGACAUCUGGUCAUAUUUAUUCCACACCUACUACUGAGUUUGCUGAUGACAAUUAUUUCGUUUAUUUACAAAAACAAGUAGAUAACAGUAAUUUUGAUAAACUUGAUACAAAAAGAAGUUCUUAUGAAGUGAACAGCAAUAAUUUCAACGCAAAAUAUUCUAAAUCAACUUCGGUUGCAAGCAAUAAUUUGAAAAAAAACAAUAGUUUGGAAGCUGCUUGUGUUAUCGUUUCUUCAGAUUCUGAAGAUGAAGAAGAGAUUGCAGAAGUGCUCCCAAGUGACGCCAAAGUCUGCAAUAAAAGAAAUUCUAGUAAAAAGAGCAACGAAUGUAGUAAAAAAUUAAAAACUAAUAAGUCAAUUGUAACGUUUGAAAUACUUGAUGAUGAUGACGAUGAUGAAACAAAUUACAUGGUUUAUUUACACAAAGAAGUGAAAACAAAUAAAAGAUCUAAAUCCCCAAAACAAAUGAAGCAGGACGAUAUAAUAAUUUGUUCAGAUUCUGAAGAUGAAUUAGAAAACAGCACAGAAAAUGUUUUGAAAAAUGGGGAAGAAGACGCACGAAAUAGUGUUGACCAAACGGUACCUGAAACAAAUGACAAUGGUAUUUCAAACAGUGAACUGUGUUCCGACCAAACGUUGGAACUUGCCUGUGCUGAAAAUAUAGAACAAAAUAAUUUCACUGAAGAAAGAUUAAAUAUUGAUGAGAAAUAUAAAGAGAUUAAUGAAGUAUUACAAACGGAUCUAGACUUUAUUCAAAUUUCAAGUGGAUUUUGCGAUGAAACAAGUGAAAAAUUUUUGAUAGAUCCUUCUUUAAUUCUUGAACAAAUAACGCUUCCACAAAGAAAUAAAGAGGAAGUUUCUGAUUUAAGUUUAGAGGAGUGUGGAUCAAACAUCUUAGGUGGCCCAGUUUUGAGCGAAACAAUCGACAGUCUAGAAGAAAUUGAAUUGGACACUUCACAGGAGUGUCGCUUAAAUGACAGUUUGUUAGUGGAAGUUCUUGACGACAGUUUUCUCUUAGGACGAAAAGAAUUUGAAGAACUUGAGCAUUUUCUUUUUGAUGAUGGUGCAGAAAAGCCAGGAUUUUUCUUGUCGGAUUUUUCUUUUGAUGAUGAUGACACUGUUACACAACCGGCAACGUUUGAUGCUGAUAUGAAAAGUCUAGAGUCGAUAUUGGAAAAUACACAAUUAUUUAACAUGCAGAGCAAACAAACAAUUGUGAGUGAGUGUGAAAAUUGUACUUUAACGGAUUACAAAAGCAAAGAUAAAGAAAAUUUUGUAAAUGUAAAAAACAAAAGGCCUAUUCACAAAAGAAAAAGAAAAUUCAGAACUAAGCAGAGAAGAAGCAGAAGGUGACGAAUGUAUUUACAUUCAAGGGACUUUAAUGUUAAAGCAUUUGUUACUACGCACAACGUGUUUUUGACAUAAUUUCAGAUGAAAUUUUGUUACGUUUCUUUUAAUUACAAUUACUGAAUUAUUAUGCUGUGUUACAAUCAACUUAUGAAACUGUGAAAAGGACUUAUCAUUGUGGUAUUUUUUAUAGUCUAGGCCAGGUAUUGUAAUUUCAUUGUGAAUUGUUAAUUUGUUAGUAAAUCAGAGUGCAUAUUUUUCUAAUAUUUAUUUGUAGUUGUAUGUUAAUUUAUUUCUGUAAAGUAAAGCUUUUUUGUACAAUAUUAUGUGAAAAGUUAAUAAAUACGUUUA